UUGAAGGCGCUGCCUGAUGUGAAUGUGCUGAUUGCCCUGCUGGAUGAAGAUCACCCUCAUCACGAUACGGCGGCGAAUUGGUUUGUGCUCAACUCCGAACUGGGAUGGGCAACCUGCCCUCUAACGCAGAACGGCUGCAUCCGCAUACUGUCUCAGACCCGCUACCCAAACUCGCUGAGCAUCGGAGAAGUGGUGGAAGGGCUGCGCGCCGUUACUUUGAUAAAGAGUCACGAGUUCAUUGCGGACGAUGUGAGUCUGCUCAAUCAAGGUGUGGUGGAUGUGUCGAGCAUAUCGAGUCAUAGGCAGUUGACGGAUAUUUAUCUGCUGGCGCUUGCGGUUGAGCAUGAUAUGCGGUUCGUGACGCUGGACAGGGGUGUGCGGUUGGAGGCAGUGAGCGGGGCAAGCGCGGAGCGUUUGGUGGUGAUUUAG